GUCACCUCUUUGUGAGCAUGAUUUGCGGGAUCUUUAUCUUCACAUAAUGGCGCAUUAUUGAUAAACAAUAGCUGGUUGAGAGCUUUGAAAAAUGCUAAAAAUUUCAUAUUUUUACAAGCCCUUACAACUUCUAUAAAAAAAGUCCUCUAAAUGGAAAAUGCUGCAACGCCAAGUAAAAUUGCAGUCAAGCUUGAAAGUCUUCCUAAAGAAGAGUUACUUAAGUUCAUCAAAAAACAAGCUCUUAAUGCCAAAGAGUUGAAGAAAAAAAUAGAUGAACUCAAUGAAGAGCUUGCAAUUGAGGCAAGCGAGAAUGCUAGACUUCAAGAAGAAAAAAAAGAUUGGUUAAAGCAUGAAAUCUCUUUAGAAUUUGAAAAAAAGAAUAAGUUUUUAAGUAAAGAUAAUGAGCUGCAACUUGCUGCUAAACUUGGUAAAGAAAUGUUAGCUGAAAACGAUGAUCUUCAUGGAGAAAUUGAAGAAAUGCAACGAGAACAUGAAGAAGUUAUACAGACUGCUGACAUAUCCCAACAGACUGAUGACAUAUCUCAACUGGACAAGAACUUUGAGGAUGAAAUAGAUAAAUUGCAAUUUGAAAAAGAAAAAAUGGCAGAGACAAUAAAAAAUUUAGAAAUAGAGUGUUCAACGCUACACAAAGAUGCAAUGCAAUACAGAGAAGAACUAACUUUGGUUAAAAACAAAUGGAUUUCUGAAAAAGAAGCCCAAGACUUGAAAGAAACAAUAAAAAAUUUAGAAAAAGAACUUGCUGCAAGUAUAUCAAACUCUAAGAUGCAGCAGUUAAAGACAAAAUAUGAUGAUUUAGAGAACACUAAUGUACAGAAUAAAGAGCUUAAAAAGAAAUUAAGCGAUGAAAACAAAGUAAAGUCUGAACACAUACUUGCAAUGGAUGCAGAAAUGAAAAAUCUUCGAAAAGAAAUUGCAGUAUUCCAAAAGGAGCAACUAAACCACAAUAAUGAAAUAGAAAAAGUACUUAAAGAAAAUGCUUUGCUAAAAGAAUCAAUGAAGCUGAGUUUAACAAAAAUUGAAGAGUUUGAUGGAGAAGUGCAGAAAUUAAAACUAGAAAAAGAAAAGCUAUCUAAAUCAAUAAAAUCUACAAAAACAAAACUUGAAAGGGCUUCGCAAAUGGAAGAAGAAUUGAAAAAACAGUUAAACAUUAUAGUUGGUGAACGGGAUGAGUUAUUAAAAAAACAACAAAAGCUUGUCCAAAAGUUGAAAGCUAAAGUAAAGUCAACAACAGAAGAUGAAUUAUACAAAGAACAACUUAAAGAUUUCAGUAAACAAAUUGAAGAACUGACAAAAGAAAAUGUUGCUUUUAAGUUAUCAAACAGUGAUUUAAUAAAAGUUAAUGAAGACUUAUCUGAAAAGUUAAAGUCCCUUCAGUCAGAUUGUAUAAAAGUUAAUACUGAACUUGAAAAACAAUUAACAUCAAAGAACAAGCAAGAGGAAGAAAUGAAAACUUUAAAAAGCAAACAGGAUGAAGAAAUAAAAAUAUUAAAAAAGGAACAGAAGAAUGGACUCAUAAAUUUCAAUAAACUGCAAGAAAAGUUUGACGAUCUUUUGAUUGAAAGAGAGAGUUUGCAAGCUCAAGUUUCACAGCUAAGCGAUGACAUAAAAAAACAAAAGGCUUCACUUCAGACUAGAAAAAAAGAAAGAAAGCCGUCUGCUGCUUCCAAAGAAACUCAAUAUUUUAUUGUUGAUGAGGAAUCAGCUUCAACAAUUUUGAGAUUGGAAACUCGUAUUGAAGAACUUUUAUAUCAACUGCAGACACUUAAUGAAGAGAAACUAAAUCAAGAAACCCAACUAGAAGAAUUAUUUAAAUCUCAUGAUGACUUACAAAACAAGUACGACUUUGAAUGCAAAGAGCGCGAGAAAAAGGAAAAGGAUAUUGUAUGUUUGGAGGAAAGGUUAGAGCAAUACGAAAAAGAAAUAAAUAACUGUGAUGCAGAGUCUAACUUCAAGCUUCAUCAACAGAUUGUCCAGCUCACUUCUGAUGUGUCUAAUCUUCAAUCCGAGAUCAAAAAAUAUCAACAAGAGGUUUUAGUAAAAGAGGAAUAUAUUAUACAAGUUCGAAAUGAAUACGAGGCAGUGUCUAAAAAGCAAGCUGAGAUCCUUAACCAAUCAGUCUCUCGUAAAGAGAUGGAUAGAGUUGUUGAAAAUUUUCAUCAACUUGAUGUUGAGUUGAUGACAGCUAAGUGUAAUUUAGAAACUUCUCUGCAAGAAAAUAAUUCUUUAUGUUUGCAACUUCAAGAAUUAGACAAAGGUUUUUCUGCUAUGAAAAAAGAGUAUGAAAUUAGUUCAAAUGAAGUCCAAAGUUUAAAAUUAAGACUUUCAGAAUUAGUUGAAGAAAAAUUAGUGUUAAUAAAAAAUUAUGAACUUUUAAAAAAAAAAAUUGAACAUCACAGAGUACACAAUAAAAUAUCUGAUAUUGAAUCUUUUUCUCAAGAAAACACAGAGUUGUUAAUAACAAAGAGUACUUUUGAAAACCAUGCAAUAGAAAGCACGCAAGAACAUCUUAUAGAAAGCACGCAAGAGCCUCUUCUAGAAAGCACGCAAGAGCCUCUUCUAGAAAGCACGCAAGUGCCUCUUAUAGAAAGCACGCAAGAGCCUCUUAUAGAAAGCACGCAAGAGCAUCAAGUUUUUAAUGAUCAAACUGAAUUAAAAGAGAUUUCUGAGGAAGAUUUACAAAAACAAACAAGUGUAAUAAAUACCCUUCAACAUGAGAUAGAUUUAAUUUCAGGAAAGUAUGAUCAGCUAAAUAAUGAUUAUAUUCAAUUGAAAAAAGAAAACAAUGAACUCCAAACCAAUUAUACAGAAAUACAAAAUAUGCACCAAGAUAUCCAACUUAAAAACCAUGAGCUUCUAGAUCCACUUUUGCAAUUUCAAAGUCUGUGCGAAAAACUGUCUUGUCCUGGUAUACUAGAAUUAGAAGCAUAUGUUGAUUCUCUAGAAGAGAAAAUUCAUCAUAUCCAAUCAUCAAACGAAGAAUCAAACAAAGGUUUAAUAAAUGAGGUAGUUGAUAAUUUACGGACUCAAUUAGAAAGACUCAAUUGUAAAAAUUUUGAACUUGAGGAAAAUAUUUCUGAAAUAAUAUUAAAAAUAAAGGAAAAGGACAAUGUUAUAUUAGAUUUGAAUUUGUCUGUUAAAUCUUUGGAGGCUGAAACCAUGCGUUUAGUAGAUGAAAAUGAAAAAUUAACAAAUAAUAUUGAAUGCUAUAAUGCUGAAUUUAAAAAAGAAAAACAGGAAAUUUUAUUAGAGAAGCAAAAAUUAAAAGAAUUGUGUGAUGAAUUAAAUUGUAGAAUAAAUGAAAACAGCAUACAUAUUGAAACAUUAGAACUUGAAGUCAACAAGUAUCAAACCGAUUUUUCCGCUUUGACAGAAAAAUAUAAUCUAACAAUAGAAUCAUUGAACAAAACAUUAGAACAAAACGAUUUUCUUUCUAAGCAGUGUGAGAAUUUGACAAUGAAGUUAAAAGAAGCUGAACAGUUAAUUGAUGAAUUUAAAAUUGAAGCGGGUUCAACUCAGUUAACAGAUAAAAAAUGUAAAAAUCUAGAAGCUUCAUUAAAUCAAGUUGAAACAGAAAUUUUAGAAAAAAAUAACAUUAUAGAGGAACUAAAAUCACAACUAUGCAUUAUAAAUAAAAAACUUGAUGAGCAAACAGAGGUUCUUUCUGAAAAAGAAAGUUUGCUAUUGAAAACUGAUAACAAACUAAAUUUUUUUGAGUCUAUUAAUGCAAAGUUAGAGUCUGAAAAUCAUGAGCUCAGCGAAAAACUUAAAAGUAUUUACCAUAAAAAUGAUAGUUUGUUAAAUGAUUUAAAGACACAACAGAACAUUUCUGCAGAGCUAAAAGCAAGUUUAGAUUUGUUAAAGGAAAAUGAACUUAGUUCUGAAAUCAAAGAGAAAUUUGUUGAGGAAAUCAAAAAACUUAAGGAGGAAAACAAACUUCUUGUCGAGGAAAUCAAAAAACUUAAGGAGGAAAACAAACUUCUUUCAUCAGAAGCUAGUAAACUUAACAUCUCUUUUGUUUCCAGCGAAGAAGAAUUGCAAUCUGCAUUAAACAGAAUUGAAGAACUUGAAAACGGUGUCAAAGAAAAGCUAGAAAAUAAAGCUCAGCUUGAAAAUGUGAUUCGUGAGACCAAUGAAAAGUCAAACAAGUUUCGUAAUGCUGCUAUCAAAGCUAAGAAAGACCUUGAAGUCGCAAAAGUAGAGUUCGAGAAAGAAAAAUUACGUUUAGAGGAGUUGAUUAAAACCUUAAACAAUGAUUUGAGAGAUAUGAAAAAUGAGCUUGUUACUCAGAAGACUGAAUGCUCCAAACAUGAGGAGGAAUUCCAGCUUAUGCAAGGCGAGAUCAAACAAUUGCAGGACAAACUUGAGAAUGAAAAACAAGCAAGUGAAGAUCACCAAUCCGAGAGUAAAAAACUUAUGCUAUUAUUAAAUCAACUCACUCUAACAUCCACUGCAAAUGAAAAAGAAGUUGCUCGUCUUCAGAACUUGUUAGCAAUGUCUGAUAAAGCAAAUUAUGAUCUCACUGUUGAAAAUGAAAAAGCAAAAACUCAAACAUUAGAAUACGAGCAAUUAAUUUCUCUAAAACAAAAGAUUGUAGAUGAAAGAGACGAGGAAGUUAAUUAUUUAAAAAAAACUGUUGAAAAUCUUAAAAAGGAAUCCGAUCAAAUUAAUGUGAUGAGCCUUGAGAUGAAUGAUUACUUAAAAACAAUAGAGAGUUUAGAAGCAAAGUUAAAAGUUAAACAAGAAGAACUACUUGAACUUCAAAUUACUUAUCAAGCAUUACAAGGAGUAAAAGAAAAUCUUGCAUCUGAUUUAGACACAAUGAAAAGUGAAAAAAAAAAAAGUGACGAUCAAUGUAAAAAACUUAAAAACUUAGUAAUGAAACUAAAAACUGAGUUGAGCGAUGAACGUAAAAAGUUAGUUGAACAUGAAACUUUACAUACACAACAGAAUUUAAAAAUAGAAGAACUUAUGCAGAAUUUGGAUGAACUUAAGCUGUUGAGUGCCAAGUUUAGUGCAGAUAAAAACAUGUUGCAAGUUGAGUUUAUGACUGCUAUUGAAAACCAUGAAAAAUCUUACAAACUGCUUGAAGUAAAGCACUCUCGAUUAAACAAUGACAUUAUUUCGUUGCAACACAAAUAUGAUGAAUUACAACAAGAAUAUGAGAGCUACAAAGUUCGAGCACAUAAUGUUCUUAAACAGCAAAAGAAUAAACAAAAUGAUAUUGAAAAAGAGAAGCAAAUGAAUGAGAGAGCUGAUAUUGAACAAAAGAUAAGUGUCUUAGAGGAAAAGUUGUUAGAAAAAGAAAAUUUAUUAAAUCGUAUUCAAAUGGAUUGUGAAAGAUUGUAUGUUGAGAAAGAUUCAUUACAAACACAGCAUCAACAAGCAGUACAGGAAAAUAGCAAAAUUGAAUCAGUUUGGAGGAAAAGGAAUGCCCAAUUAAGCGAUGAGUUGAAUGCAAAGAUCUUGAAUCAUGAAAAAGAAAUUUUAUUUUUAAAAGAAGCAAAUGAAUCUGUGUUGAAUUCACUGAAAGAGGAAAUCUUCUUCAAAUCAAAUGAAUUAGAGAAAUACAUGAAAGAAAUUGAUUCUUUGAAAGAACAAAUAAAACAGUCUCAAGUUUUAAAACUUGACCAGGCCCCACCAUUGAAAAGAAAAGAAUCUGAUACCAAAAGUGAAUUAGUUUCUUUAGACUUUCCUAAAUCUGUUCUUGAGAGACAAGAAGGCGAGGGAAUGGAUUCACAAGAGCUUGAAAUGAUAACUCUAAAGGGUUCGUUUCCACAAAGUCCGAUCUCACCCCUAAGCAGUCAUUUGUUGGAAAAUAUUUUAUCUUCUGAAGUCACAGUCACUCCACCUACCAGUCCAGGUGGACUAAGAGAAGAAAUUUUAUCUCUAAGAACAUUAAUGAAUAGUCAAAUAAAAAAAAAUGAACAUGUUACCGUGCUAUUAAGAGAGAGUGAGGCUAAUUCCUCAAGAUUGGAUGAUCAAGUUAAGCUUCUGAAAGAUGAAAUACGAAGGUUAGAAAGAAAUGUUGAAAGAGAGCAAGCAUUGUCUAACUUGGAGUACUUAAAAAACGUCAUCAUAAAAUUUUUAAAGGUUGGCUCAAUGGAGCGAGAACAGUUAAUACCAGUGUUAUGUACAAUGCUUAAAUUAAGUAACGAAGAAAAGCAGUUUUUGUUAGAAUAUGCAAAAGGUGCUGAAAGUGAUUCUGGUGGUCAGGGAAACACUUGGACAAAUUAUAUGUAUCGAUGGGCAGGAGUUUCGUAAUUUAGACAAAAUCUUUAAACGCACGAGUGCUCUCUCUUACAACAAUACUUUUUCGUAUUUCAUUUUCCGUUCAACUUUCUAUAUAUUACAUUUUAAAAAUACAUCACCAGAAUUUUUUUAAAAACCAAAAAUGAUAUAUUGUGAUUUUUUUCAUAGAGUGUAUUUAAUGUUUUUAAUCGUUCACCUUGAAUCUCAUUCAUUAUUCGUCAAUUUUUUAAUUUAUUUAUUCUUAUUAAAAUCAUUUUGAAGAAUAUAUUCAUUCUAUAUA